AUGCCGCCGAGAAAGAAACAGCGCGGGGCAGCGCUGGCGCAGUCUUUCGCAGCCGGGGCAGCAACGCCCGUCAAUGCCACAUCUGUUGAUGCGCUGCACCAAGUUCAGCGAGAUUGCGCAACGCUUGUUGAGGACCUGUACUCAUUGAGGCACGCCACAGAGACUGACGUCUACUCAGAGCCUCGUGGCAUCCUACCACUUGAGGGGAAUGGGCUGUUUCCGUGGCCCGUUUUACACGGUGGCACGUUCAAAGAAAUUGCCGAACGUGCUAUGAAGGACACUGACUUACUUGUGAACAUCUCCACAGAGCUUUGUUUCCACCUCGGUCUUCUUGAUGUCCAAGAUGAUGCUGAGUUUUUGCAGCAGUUUUGCAAAAUCGAUGUAUGGCCACCUGAGAAAUCCGAGAGCUUCCAGACAUCAGUGCUCUCUUGGUCGUACUCGGAUCAUGCAUUUUGGCGUGGGCCAUCCGUGGCCAUGAGCGAGGUUGUGAACUUUGCCCGUUCGAUUGCGUCCAGCCGCUUCAGAGAGAGAGAGACCGUGACACUUCGCUUGCCUUGCGGGACAUUGAAGCCGGUGAACCUGGCGCUUGGCAGUUUGUACUUCAAUGAUGGAUCCCAGAAGACCCUUGCUGGAUUCAUCGUGUGGAUCUGCUUGUGCAUCGCUUCAAAGCUGAGCCACAACGAGGGCAAACUUGGGGACAGUCCAAGUCUUCAGGCUUUUGCUAGCUCACUUCUUCGGAUCAGGACGGUCCUGAAGGGUAGUUCAGGGAGCUAUGCAGAUGAUGUUGAUUCCGCUGUGGCACGAAUCGUAAAGCAGAACAUCGACGCCCGAGUACAACCAGUGAGCUCACUGGCAUGGUGCGCCAUUUUGCGCCAACUGAGUGAUGGAGUUGCAAACACCUAUGAAAGCGCUAUGCUGCGGUACAACUCUCACCCAGAAGUAGUUGCUCUCGAAGCAUCUGGCGGAGCCGGACCUAUUUCCCUCGACAACCGCAAGAAGCAGGCGGUCAAGCACCUGCUUCAAUCCACAAGCCCUGAAGCAUUCGGUCAGAUGAUCAGUUCCACACACGAUCUACCCUUCAACCAGGGCCCCUAUGGAGAAGGGUUUUGCUCCAUGCCGGGCAUGUUCAUUGGCAGUGUGGCGAAAUUGGACCCCUUGGACCCGGAGAUGGACACCAUCAGCCCCCAGCCACUUCCCCACGAGUCGUUCAUCACGCUGGACUGGACCCUUCCAUUGAGCGCAGAGGGCCAGAGGUUGCUGUUCACAAGGGUGCGGAAGACUUUCGAUCGCGUGACCGGAAUGGUGCCAACCCAUUUGAAAAAAAAAUACAGGUUGACAACGGAAGAGUUGCUUCGGAUGAGGAACUUGGUCGCUUUGUUUUCCCAGAUUUCUGGGAACAUUCAGUCGAGAACGACUCCAGAGGAGUUUGGCCAGUGGAUCUCUGAUGUGGAAAGUGGUCUGGGCCGAGAUGAAGAUUUGCUUCAUUUGAUACAUCGCCGUCCCCAGACCUUCUCCAUGUCGAUGCUUUUGUCACACCAGGACAAAGCGAAAGAUGAUUUGCAGGAGACUGAGCGGAAGAAAACAGAGCUGGUUGAGACUCAAAGGCAGGAAGUGGUUGCUGCCCAGUUCCGAUACUUUUGCACUGCUUUGGAGCAAGAUCACACGCUCAUGGAGACCGUUCAGAAAGCCCCCGCCGCGGACAAGUACUUGCGAGUAAUGGCAUGUGACUCUGUGCAGCUUGCAAAAUCCGAGAUCAGCAAGAUCAAGCUUCAGAUCGCAACUGGUUGUGGAACCAGAACCCACUUUGACAUUUGUUUCCCCAUUCAACUUUUGCUAGAGGCGGAAGACAGUGGAGUUGGAUUGGAUAUGGUUUCCACGGUUGGCUUCAUUGACUUCAAUGUCCCCGGCGCUAGGGGUGGCAAGGCAGUCCAGGCGCUCACCCAGGCAAUGUCGAUUGUGAACGACACUGGGAAUCCUGCUUUGAAUUGCACCCUGAUGUGCCUUCCGGACCAUGCCAGAGACAGCUGUUUGCGUGGACUUUUUGACGAAGAAAAGGGCAUUCUAGAGGCAUGCUUCGGGCUUCGUCAACACGUUGAAACGCGUUGGAUCGACUUGCUCACGAGGGAAAAACAUGUUGAAGGCAGGAGCAAUGUCCGAAGGUUCAGCAGUGGACGCAUAGUGGUCAACGGUGACACCAUCGAAUCCAACCAGUGGCUUCAGAGCGAGUUGGCAGUCUGUGGGCGCCCGGUUUCCGCAAACGAAGGAGUUGUUGGGGCACCUACAUCAGUGCUGCCCAAAGCUUCAAGCCUCCUCCUGCCAGAGUCUGCCUCCCCGGAGUCUGACCUUCGCUUGUCAGAGAGGUCCCGUCCCUCUCCUGAGCAGCAAAGCGCACAGAAGGGAGCGUCUCGGCUACAGCUCCUCCUGGAGAGCUUGAUUAAGUACACUCCUUUGAAGGGCCCUGUGCUGGUGGUAAACUGGACUGGGUAUGUGGAGGAACUGGCUCUUGCUGUACUGAAUCUUCGCACGAAAGGCAGUGUGUCUGGGGAGCUCGGCUUCAGCUUUGCAGAUAUGUGGUAUUUGUCUGUCCACACGCUGGACACAGCAAGUGGCAACGAGUAUGCUCGUCGCCGAGUGGCGCGGGAAUUGCUGGACGCGUGGCUUUCGAAGCGCCUUGAAGUUGAGGGGCGCCGGUACGAUGACACUGAGAUCACUUUGAGCGACCAGGAGAUCAAAAGCAUCCCCGGAGCAGAGUAUAUCUACGCAAUCGAUGCAAUGGGUCUCAAAGCGUGCGUUCGCCAAGGUACGACAAUUGUUGUACACCCGGACCAAGUACGACAGUGGACAAAUGCCGGAAGUGAGUUUGGCGAGAAGUUUGCUACGUUGAAAGCUGACCACGAUGCCCGCUACAUGCACAUGCUGAAAGAUGCGAUCUCUUCUCAGGGCGUGGCAGAUGAUGGUGAUGUUGACGGCGGCGCCACUCCUGAUGCUCCUGGUCCUACAGAUUCUGGUGAGGAUGCACCUGGACCUGUGACCUUUUCUUCUGAGCAGAAGCUCGCUGAGGUUGACCCCAUCCUGUCCCGCUGUCAAUCAGAGGUCAAGGGAGACCGCACACAGUGUCUCAUGGACAUGUCAUCCAUCAACGCCGAGUCGACUCAGGUUGAAUGCCUUACACUGUACAAACUUCUUGUGCACUUGGAAUCCGUCAAGAAGGUCCGAGGUCACUCGCGUCACAGACUCCACUUCCAGCUCUCCCGAUUCAUUCAAGGUGACGCUCAAGGAUCGGAUGCAGUACCAGUGUAUGGCAGACACCACUAA